GAAACAAUUCCUGCCCUCUUUCUGUAGGGAGCAGGCGUGACAUCACUUCCUCCCGUCCUGCCCCCUAUUUAAAAUCCCCCUCCUGGCUGCCUUCGAGGCACCUCGGCUGGUUUUCUGCUCUUGUGCACAAAGAAAGUCCUUCAGCGUCCAAGGACAUCCACCCCCUUCUGUUUCUCCUUCCUCUUUCUCCUCCUCUCUCCCCCUGUUCUCCUUCCCAUCUGCGGCUGCUUCAAACUCUUCCCUGCAUCUCUGAUCUCCUCUCCUCUGAAAAAAGGACCAGCGAGAGAGAGAAAGAGCCAUCUCUCUAGGACCCCAGCGAUGUUUUCCAGCAGGAUCUCGCUCCUGUUCCUCUUCUCCUGCCAAGCCCUGGCGCUGCCGUUACCCACCCAGCUCUCGGAGGUGGACGAAAAGGUUACUAAGUGCAUCACCGAAAUCCUCGCAGACACCCUCUCCAGACCCAGCCCAAUUCCGGUGACCAGUGAAUGCACGAAGAUACUUAGAGAGGAUGAGAGAGUCCUGGCGAUGCUUCACCAUCAGCACCUGUUGACGGAGCUGGAGGAACUCACGCAUCAAGAAAACGAGAAGCAUCGUCUGGGUCACGAAGGCAACCAUGAUGUUUGGGAAGAGGAGGAACAAGAGGAAGUGAAGAAGAGAGAUGUCAAGCCUGUCCAGCAGAGAGAAGAAGCUGCGUUGGAGAAGACAGAGGAGCAAAACGGGCAGGCGAAUAAAGAGGAGCAGGAGCUGAAAGAGUUUGAGAAGACAGAGAAGACUGAGGAGAAGGUGAAGGAAGAGAAGGUCUCCCGAGGAGAGGAGAACAGAGAGGCUCUGGAGGAACAAGCCAAGGAGCGGAUGGAGGAGGAAGAAGAGGGUGAGGAGAGCGACGAGGAGGACGAAGCGAGGAGGAAGAAGAAGAGAAGCUCCUCAGAGACGUGGUCUUCUAAGGAAUAUUUUGGGCACAUCAAGAAGCGACGCCCCGGGCCUCCAAAGAUCAGGAAGGUGAUGCUUCAAGGAAGUCGAGAAGACGAGAAGAGGAACGGGCCGAGCAAGAGGCAUUUCAGGUCAGAGGACGACGAGGAGAGCUCUGAAGAGGAGCCGAAGAAAUACCACCACGGAAGGCACAGCGAUGGCCGCCAUCACCAUGAAGACUGGGAGGAGGAGGAGGAGGAAGAGAAGAAGAGAUCUGAUCUGGAGAAGAGGGUGGCCGAGAAGGCCAGCGAUGAGGAGACCGCCCAGUUUGAGGAGGAAGAGAAAGGCGUGAAGAUCUCCAACUCCCAGGCCCACGGAGGCUGGAAGCCAUGGGGAGAAGGAGGGGAGAAGGAUGAGGAGAAAGAAGGCAAGGCGAGGCAUGGGCGUCACCACAAACCGGCCGGCUUUGACCUCAAGAAGAGGCACUGGAAGGACGAGGUCUAUCUGAAGGGCGGCAGGUAUCGUGGCCGUGAAGAGGAGGAAAGGGAGACCUCUCCGAGCGAGGUCCAGGAGCUGGAGAAGCUUGAAGAGAUCGAGCGGGAGCUGAAAAGGGCAGCUGAGAAGCUGGAGGAGCUGAAGAGGGGGUAGCCCCUUUCCACCCUAUGGGCAGAUGGCUAGCAUCUUUGUGAACCCACCUGGCCACCCAAUUCCCCUCCACCUCCUAAUAAGCAAUCCCUGUAUAUAAUCUCUCUCCCUCCAGCUUGGCUUUCGACUGUUAAAAGGAGCUUUCCCUUGCUUUUGAAACACACACACAUGCAAACCUCCACCCCGGCAGGCUUCAGCACAGAGAUUUGCUCCCUGCUUGCCUCUCCGGCUGUUGGACUACAACUCCCAAACACCCCUGACUAUUGGCCAGCCUGGCUGGGGCUGAUGGGAACCAGAGUCCUGAUAGUAGCCACCUUUGAGCAGCGCAGGAUGCCUUCAAAAUAGUCACAGACCAUGCCAAUCCUUAGAUUUAGACAUUACCGUAUUUUCCGCCCUAUAGGACGCACUUUUUCCCGUCCAAAAAUGAAGGGGAAAUGUGUGUGCGUCCUAUGGGGCGAAUGCAGGCUU